UAUAUUCAACAUGGUUAACAUCCACCAGCUCGCCUGCACCCUUACUAUUGUAUCUCUGAUCAUCCCAGAGGCAGGCUUAGUCGCCUUUUCUUAUGGUUCAACAUUCGCACCUCCACCCAACACGUUAAUCCUCCAAGCUAUUACGGUUUUGGACAAGCUGGGCCGUCGUUUGGCCGAGCUGGAAGCGGAUGUGGCAUUCUUCGGCAUCUGUCUUCGAAAAAAGUUCGUGGACCCGGAAAACUUCAAGCAUCUGUCGUCAACCAGUGUUCCUUGGUACGCCAAGAAAAAGAUCAUCAAGGCCUACCGGGACGGAGCCAGCAUAAGGAUCCAGGACAUCAAAGGAGCCUGCGACAGACUUUGGACUCUUCUCCUGGGAGAUGAUUUCAAGUACCACCGGGAGUACCAUCAAUGGACCAGCAGCAAAAUAACCCUGUUCGACCGACUAUGGUAUGUGAAGCGCAGACAUGUUUUGGACAGUCUAAAAAACUCAAAAAUUGUUAAUAAUGGGCCGCAAAAAACGUGGUUUGGGAUUGAUGCAUGGCCUAAGUCUCGACAGUCUCCUAUCAAUCCAUGUGGGGAAGCGUUAACACGCGAGACGGAGGACGUGUUAGCUAAGGGACCGAAGUGUUGUUUAGAUGUAAAACCCUCGAGACUUGACGUGUUGUCUACCAUUCACACUGUGGCCAGAAAGGUCGUCCCGGAAGAAAAGGUCGCUUUUAUAGAUCACGCUAUUAGUAGGAUGGAGAAAGUCAUGGGAGAGGCGUACCCGAAGGACAAAAGAAAUUUCAGAGAAGUUAACGCGGUUAAGAAGGAGUUAGAAACGAAGUCCCUAAAACUAUUGGAAACGGAUAAGUCUGGAAAGUUUGCCGUCUUGCCAAUGGCAGUAUUCAAGAAAAAAACAGAAGUUGCAAUGGAAUCUUUGUUUUCUGAGUGGGCGGGCAAUGUAGGAAAGUUGAGAGGGAACAUUUGUGCAAUCCUGAAUGAAGACGACUUUAAGAAUGUAGCAAAAAGUAUCACGAGUGCUACAAAAUCGACAUUAAGUAUCAAGUUCUUUCUCAAGGACCAUAAGCCUGAAAUGCCUCUUCGUGCGGUCAUCAACGAGAACGGAACCUGGCAGAAAGUAGUUUCAAAGUUUCUCCAGCGAGGGUUGAUGUAUGCAUGCCUAGAUAAUUCUUUGUCUCUAAAAAAUUCAAAUGAACUGAUUGACAUGUUGGAAAAAUUUCAUGGACAGCAAUGUUCUGUUGUGUCCAUGGAUAUUAAGGACCUUUAUUACUCGCUAGAAAAGACUCGGUUGAUGCAGAGAGUGAGAGAGGCAUUGGAGUUGAAUCUCGUAAAGUUCCAAGCAGGUUCAGGUAUAUGCGUAGAGAGUUUCCUAACGAUCCUUGAGGUUUACCUGAAGUCGACGGUAAUCGAGUACGAAGGAAGGAAGUAUGUUCAAAAAGACGGGGUUUGUAUAGGUUCGUCGGUCGCACCGAUUUUGGCGGAAGUGUACUUAAACUCCUUGGAUCGAGUAGUGCAUAACAGACUAAAGGAGAAGUCCCCUGGUAUGGCGUUAGUAAGAAGAUAUGUAGACGACAUCAUAAUUUGCACGGUAACAAAUGAUCUAACGGGCAGUCUGGAACGCGAGAUAAGGUCAGCGGCUCCGGAAUUGACGUUUACUACGGAAAAACCAGAAAGAGGGGUCCUAGAGUUCCUGGACUUACGUAUACAUGUAAAUCAAGGGGUAUGUUGGGAAUACGGAAAAGAAAGUUCUAAACCGGUGUUGCCAAGGAUUAGCUGUCAUUCCAAGACCGUAAAAGCUGGGGUUGUAAAGUCGUUGGUCAGAAACGCGCUGGACAGAUCGUGUGUUCAUUUCAUCACGGAUUCGGUUAAAAGACAAUGCAAAAGGUUGAUCAAUGUAGGGUAUAAAGACAGUUUUAUCAAACGGCAGUUAGAAAUAGUUAUUAAAGGAAGGAGAGAAAAGGAACAGGGUAAAAGGACUGGAUUCGCCGUGAUCCCCUAUUUUCAUGAAAUUUCGCACAACUUGAAGGCUUGUGCGAAAAAGUUUGGAGUAGACACGGUCUUCAGCUCAGAUUUUAAACUUAGUAGAUUGACGCCAUUUCAGACAGGUGCGAACAAUUGCAGAAAGAACCAUCGAGAAAAAUCGGUAGAUUGCGAGAAUGGUGUGGUGUAUGAGAUACCACUGGAAUGCGGGUUUAAGUAUGUAGGACAAACAUCACGAUGCAUUAACGACAGAUUAAGUGAACACAAAAGAAACGUGAAGAACAAUGCACCGAACUCAGAAAUCGCAAAACAUGUCAACGAAUGUAACAACUGCACUGCUAUUUGGUCGGAGACAGAAAUCAUUCACAAGGAGAGGAAUGAUACAAAAAGGCUAGUAAGGGAGACGGUGCGAAUAAAGUCUUUAGGUAAUUGCAUAAGCCAGGCGUCGCUACAGUUCGGUAAAAAUUCCAAAAGUUUUUUAAAAAUAUAG